CGCGCCACGGAGAAGUUGUCAUUCGAAAAACGGUGGGGCACUCGCAGAGGAAUUCGAAUUCAAACCGAAUCGAAUUGAACCAAAAAUACUUUUCUGUGGCUCCACAUAAAUGCUGACAGCUGGCCAUGUUUUGGCCAAAACAAUGGGGCUCCGCUAGCCUCCUACUGCCUCUGCUGAUCGGCCUGCUCUACACGCAAAAUGCAUCUGCUUUCAUUGUGCCAAGGGAACUGCCGUCCUUAUUAUCCAUAGUUUACUCCAACAUACCACCGAUUAAAAAGGGAACCGAUUCCCGUUUGGGUUUUGGUUUUCGGCUGGGCGAGCAUGCUGACUUUCAGGUGAUGGUGGAACUGGGUCCCCAGAAGGAAACCCAACCAGUUGGAGAUCCCAGCAAGGAUGAUCAAUCGUUCAACAAGCGCCAGGUGAGCCAAAGUGAGCAAAAGGCCCUUGCCCGCCAACUUUACCGCGAGCAGGUGAAAAAGGAAGCCGAGAGGUUGAUGACCUCGACGGAGAGAAAUGGGGCCAGUUGGCUGGAGACCUGGUCGAACGGCAUGAAACCGCAGAAGCCCAAAUCAAAGGAUCAGUUCAAAAAGCCGGCAAAAGAAAGUUCGGCUGCCAGUCCUCAGUUUCCGCAACCGCAAGAACCAUCGAAUGCCAUGCAGCAGUUGCAACUUCUCUACAAAUUGGCCACCAGUUCCAGUACCACGUCCACCACAACGGCUCCUCCAAUCUUCACAGGAGGUUCCCUAAAUCUGGGUGGCCCUAGUGGCUUUAAGCUGCCACCACCUGCGCUCAGCCAGGAUGAAAAUACGCUGAGCAAUCCUGGUCCUCUCAAGAGCCAAAGUGAGAUCACCAAGGAGCUCAUGGAUGUCAGUUUGGAGUCGAAUUAGGUUGUGCUUUUGUCUAGUUACUAAUUAAUCACUAUAUGCCUGUGUAUAUGGGUGCUUAGCAAAUCUUUGUUUUGUAAAUAAACUUUAAACUAAAGUUAAGUUAGGGGAAUGCUUCAUCAAACAGCCUAAAAGUAGCAAUGAUAAGCAAAGAAAAAUGAAGUCGAACUGUGCUGCCCGCAAAAGUAGGCAACAUAAAAUCAUGUAAAAUACAAGCUUGUAAAA